CUUCUCUCUUGUCUUCUUCUCUCAUUACACUCUCUCCCAGUCAUCCAACAAUUAUCCUCCAUCAUGGGUGUUGCCGACACGCGAUUCAAGCUCAACACGGGAGCGGAGAUCCCCGCUCUGGCUCUCGGAACCUGGCAGUCCAAAGCAGGAGAGGUUGAGAACGCCGUCAGCCACGCCAUCUCUGUGGGAUACCGUCACAUCGAUGGAGCCGCGUGCUACGGAAACGAGGAGGAAGUCGGCAAUGGCAUCAAGGAAGCUCUGGCUUCAGGCAAGGUCAAGCGCGAGGACCUCUUCGUGACCACCAAGCUGUGGUGCACCUACCACAGCAGAGUGGAACAGGCCCUCGACGAGAGUCUCAAGAGACUGGGUCUGGACUACGUGGAUCUGUAUCUCAUGCACUGGCCCCUAGCCAUGAAUCCUGACGGAAACCACCCCAUGUUUCCCAGGCUCCCCGACGACUCCCGGGAUAUCGUGCACUCCCACUCCCACGUGACAACGUGGAAAACCAUGGAGAAGCUCGUGUCAACCGGGAAGACCAAGGCGAUCGGUGUGUCCAACUACAGCGUGCGCUACCUCGAGCAGCUGCUCCCGGAAGCGACCAUCGUCCCCGCCGUCAACCAGAUCGAAAACCACCCCUCUCUCCCCCAGCAGGAGAUUGUCGAUUUUUGCAAGCAGAAGGGCAUCCACAUCACGGCUUACAGCCCGCUGGGCAGCACCGGGUGCCCGAUGUUCUCGGCUGAACCGAUUGUUAAGGUUGCUGAGAAGCGGGGGGUUCCUCCUGCGAGUGUUUUGCUGAGCUGGCAUAUUGCCCGUGGGUCCUCUGUCAUUGCCAAGUCCGUGACGCCGUCUCGCAUUGAGGAAAAUCGCAACCUGGUGGAGCUGGAUGCGUCCGAUAUGGAGACGAUCGCCAAAUAUACCGACGAUCUGGCUGCGAGAAAUGCCUUUACCCGCUAUGUCUAUCCGCCUUUCGGGGUUGACUUUGGAUUCCCUGACAAAUCCUAAAUCGCUGGUUUCAUACACUGUACAGUUGGUGGGAUGGAUGCAAGUGCUAGUAAAUAGACUACUG